CCUCGUUCCUUGAAGUUGCCAGCUAGGUGCUCCACCUGGUCUUCAGCUGCCCUUGAGGCUUGAGACAUUUUGCAGGACCGGAUCAUCUCUGUUGCGAAGUUCACCGAUGGCGAGAAGCAUCCUCUCCCAGCACACAGUCUUCCCGAACUCCCUCGCUCACCUUGAGACAAGCGCUGCGACUCAAAGCCGAAAAGCAGGUGCCGUUUUGGGAGAGCGCAGCCAAGGGUUCUUCCUUUCAGCACGCCGGCUGCUGAGCUUCCGGGACCUAGGACACAAGCGAUUGCAUCUAGAAAGGAUGGGCAACGCAUGUGGCGCAAGUGGUACGCGUGCGCAGUCAGGCAAUGCUGACGUGUCUGCAAACCCACGGGCAGCGGAGUUUGCUAAAGUCAGUGAAGCAGAGUGGCAGAAGCGCUUGACGAAGGAGGAGUUUUAUGUUGCAAGGAAGAAAGGAACGGAGCGGGCGUUCACAGGGCGCUAUUGGAACAACAAGGAGGCCGGUGUGUACAGCUGCAUCUGUUGCGAUACACCGCUCUAUAGUUCCGAAACGAAGUUUGACAGCGGCACCGGGUGGCCCUCUUUCUACGACAAGAUUGGCAACAACGUCGACGAACACUCCGACUGGUCGAUUCCGUUCAUGCCUCGAACGGAAGUCACGUGCGCCGUCUGCGGCGCCCACUUAGGCCACGUUUUCAACGACGGGCCACGGCCCACCGGUCAACGGCACUGUAUCAACAGUGUGUCUUUGAAGUUUCACCCAAAGGAUAGCGGGAAGGCUGACGGAGCAUAGAGCGCCUGGGGGAGGCUCCAAAGUGCAGCUUUAGAAUGUGCCUGUGCUCAGGCUGGUAGGUCGAGGCUGGCGAGCGCAGCUUAGGUUGUGGGCAAGAACGGCAGGGAUCACAGUGCAGAGGUUGAUAGAGCAGGUGCUUGUCCAGCUCUGAGAAGCUCAGUGGCGUAGUCUGGGUUUUGUACAUAGCAGCGUUCUUUGGAUCGGGCUGCAAAUGGCCUUCCUGAAAGCUGUGCUGAUUGACCUGUGAAAACUUUGUUUGAUUGGUCGGAUCUUGAGAGCGAUCUUGAGAGCCUGGCCGCUCUCAAUAUUCGACCAAUUAUACGAAUUGUAAACCUUAAACUUUUUGAGCUAUCGCAGACAUGGGUACAGCCUCGGGACACAGACUGUGCGCGCUGCAUGUCAAACGCACCAGCGGACUCACUAUCUAUAUUGGUAUGUUACUUUUGUAUACCUUAG